AUGGCAGAGUCCAGUGUUCAUAGUAAGUCAACAUGUUACUUUCUCAGAUGCCAUUGGGGUUUUUUCUUGCUUAAAUGUACUUCAUCAAAAACUCCUUCAUAGUGAGCUUUUGCAGUGCUUACACUUAGAAUGUGAGCAAAAUAUCUGUAAGUGUGCCCAUCAUAUGAAGGUCGAUGUGUGGUCUAACAUUUCAUCAAAAUAUGUCAGUUAUAAAGUUGUAUGUUGUUACAAAAAGUAGCCGAGCUGAUACGCCACCUUUUUUACAUAAACCAGCUGCACUAAUGAUCAAGGUCAUGGAAUUAACGAUAAAGGUUCCAUCUUUAAUAUCCUGUUGCAGGUAAUCAAAGGAUGAGAAAAUUCUUCACUGUUGUUAGUGGCAUUACCUUGGAUUCUCAUAAGGACUUUUUGAAACAACUCACCAUGCAACAAGACUUUACUGAAGUGAGGACCCUGGAGGAGAGUGAUGUCAUCAUGACUUUCUGUCCUAUCGUCAGUCGUGCUGGGAUUGAUAUUGAAGCAGCACUGAAGGAGAUACCAAGUAAGAAGCAAAGUUAUUGACAUAUACUGCGUAUCUGAAAUGUUUUAUAUCAAAUCCAUGUCAGUGUUGACCUAUGUAUCUAGCAAGAGGCUAAUUAUCUGAACGCUUUAUUUGUUAGCUUUUUCUCAUGCUAAACAUUUUAUUGUCACUUUCUAAACAGCUGGUAAACGUGUUGUUUUGGUGGUGCUGCAUCAUUCCUUCAACCCAGACUGCACAGUACCUAACAGUAGCAGACUGGUGACCAGACAUGAUAUACUAACAGUGGACUGUCUGUUCCAUGAGAACCAUGGACUACUGGACUGUCCUCGCAAUAAAGAAGCAGUCGCUAUGAUUUGGAGGAGUCUAAACAUACAGCCAAAGGUAAUUUACCCUACCAACAACCUACAUGUACUGAGGGUACAUUUCUCUCAUACUCCCCAUGCAUACUUUUGUAAUGUUUUUUUAUUGACCCAUUCAAAUGUUUCAUAUCACCUAUACAGUAAACAAAUAUGGAGAAGCACAGAUUUCACCAAAAUGUUUUAUUAGUCAGAGUCUGAUAGUCUUAGAGUAAUGGUUGCUAGUUAAAUGUGAGUGUUUUACUGUAUUUGAUGCCACAAAACACCUGAAUGAGAAAUUCAAACAGCUUCGGGACAAAGACACAAAACUGGAUGACAUAAUCACUGCUAGUGAGCUGAAGAAUAGUAAGAAGCAAGUUGAGGCACUGGAAAAAGAACUACAGAAGUGCAGAGUUCAACUGCAGAAAAGAGACUGUGACCUAGAAAAGAGCAAACAGGAAGUUGAACAUAAGGAAACACUACUAAAGGAGAUAGAUGAACUAAACAGAAAACAACAUGAACAGCUAAAAGAUAAAGACAAACUACAGCUUUUUAGAUUAAAUUUUUUUAAAUAUAAAAAUAAAUAAUGAAAUAUGACAUUUACAUAAGCAUUCAGACCCUUUACUCAGUACUUUGUUGAAGCGCCUUUGGCAGCGAUUACAACCUCAAGUCUUCUUGGGUAUGAAUCUACAUUCUUGGCACACCUGUAUUUGGGGAGUUUAUCCCAUUUAUUCUCUGCAGAUCCUCUCAAGCUCUGUCAGGUUGGAUGGGGAGCAUCGCUGCACAGCUAUUUUCAGGUCUUUCCAGAGAUGUUCGAUCGGGUUCAAGUCCCAAGUCCGGGCUCUGGCUGGGCCACUCAAGGACAUUCAGAGACAUGUCCCGAAGCCACUCCUGCGUUGUCUUGGCUGUGUGCUUAUGGUCGUUGUCCUGUUGGAAGGUGAACCUUCACCCCAGUCUGAGGUCCUGAGCGUGCUGAAGCAGGUUUUGAUCAAGGAUCUCUCUGUACUUUGCUCUGUUCAUCUUUCUCUUGAUCCUGACUAGUCUCCCAGUCCCUGCCUCUGAAAAACAUCCCCACAGCAUGAUGCUGCCACCACCAUGCUUCACUGUAGGGAUGGUUCCAGGUUUCCUCCAGACCUGACACUUGGUAUUCAGGCCAAAGAGUUCAAUCUUGGUUUCAUCAGACCAGAGAAUCUUGUUUCUCAUGGUCUGAGAGUCCAUUAGGUGCCUUUUGGCAAACUCCAAGCGGUCUGUCAUGUCCCUCUUACUGAGGAGAUGCUUCCGUCUGGCCACUCUACCAUAAUGGCCUGAUUGGUGGAGUGCUGCAUUGAUGGUUCUCCAUCUGGAAGCUUCUCCCAUCUCCACAGAGGAACUCUGGAGCUCUGUCAGAGUGACCAUCAGGUUUUUGUUCACCUCCCUGACCAAGGCCCUUUUCUCCCGAUUGCUCAGUUUGGACGGGCGGCCAGCUCUUGGAAGAGUCUUGGUGGUUCGAAACAUCUUCCAUUUAAGAAUGAUGGAGGCCACUGUGUUCUUGGGGACCUUCAAUGCUGCAAAAUAUUUGUUGGUACCCUUCCCCAGAUCUGUGCCUCGACACAAUCUUGCCUCAGAGCUCUAUGGACAAUUCCUUCGACCUCAUGGCUUGGUUUUUGCUCUGACAUGCACUGUCAACUGUGGGACCUUAUAUAGACGAGUGUGUGCCUUUCCAAAUCAUGUCCAAUCAAUUGAAUUUACCACAGGUGGACUCCAAUUAAGUUGUAGAAACAUCUCAAGGAUUAUCAUUGGAAACAGGAUGCACCUGAGCUCAAUUUCGAGUCUCAUAGCAAAGGGUCUGAAUACUUAUGUAAAUAAGGUAUUUCUGUUUUUUAUUUGUUAUAAAUGAGCAAAAAUGUCUAAAACCUGUUUUUGCUUUGUCAUUAUCGGGCAUUGUGUGCAGAUUGACGAGGAAAAUUGUUUAUUUAAUCAAUUUUAGAAUAAGGCUGUAACGUAACAAAAUGUGAAAAAGGUCAAGGGGUCUGAAUACUUUCCCAAUGCACUGUACUAGACCAGACAUGAUAUACUAACAAUUGACUGUCUGUUCCAUGAGAAGCGGAGACUACUGGACUUUCCUCAGAAUAAUGAAGCAUUCGCUACGUUUAGGAGGAGUCUAAACAUACAGCCAAAGGUAAUUUACCCUACCAACAACCUACAUGUACUAAGGGUACAUUUCUCUCAUACUUCCCACGCAUGCUUUUGUAAUGUUUUUUUAUUGACCCAUUCAAAUGUUUCAUAUCACCUAUACAGUAUACAAAUAUGGAGAAGAACUGAUUUCCCAAAAACAUUUUACUAGUUGGUUUCUGAUAGUCUUAGAGUAAUGGUUGCUAGUUAAAUGUUAGUAUUUUUUUACUGUAUUUGAUGCCACAAAACAACUGAAUGAGAAAAUCAAACCGCUGUUUUUUAUCUGUUUUUAUAUUUUAUAAAUUAGCAACAAUUUCUAAAAACCUGUUUUUGCUUCUUCAUUAUGUGGCAUUGUGUGUAGAUUGUGUGUAGAAUUUAUUUAAUCAAUUUUAGAAUAAGGCUGUAACGUAACAAAAUGUGAAAAAGGUCAAGGGGUCUGAAUACUUUCCCAAUGCACUGUACUAGACCAGACAUGAUAUACUAACAAUUUACUGUCUGUUCCAUGAGAAGCGGAGACUACUGGACUUUCCUCAGAAUAAUGAAGCAUUCGCUACGUUUAGGAGGAGUCUAAACAUACAGCCAAAGGUAAUUUACCCUACCAACAACCUACAUGUACUGAGGGUACAUUUCUCUCAUACUUCCCACGCAUGCUUUUGUAAUGUUUUUUUAUUGACCCAUUCAAAUGUUUCAUAUCACCUAUACAGUAUACAAAUAUGGAGAAGAACUGAUUUCCCAAAAACAUUUUACUAGUUGGUUUCUGAUAGUCUUAGAGUAAUGGUUGCUAGUUAAAUGUUAGUUUUUUUUACUGUAUUUGAUGCCACAAAACAACUGAAUGAGAAAAUCAAACCGCUGUUUUUUAUCUGUUUUUAUAUUUUAUAAAUUAGCAACAAUUUCUAAAAACCUGUUUUUGCUUCGUCAUUAUGUGGCAUUGUGUGUAGAUUGUGUGUAGAAUUUAUUUAAUCAAUUUUAGAAUAAGGCUGUAACGUAACAAAAUGUGAAAAAGGUCAAGGGGUCUGAAUACUUUCCCAAUGCACUGUACUAGAAGAGAAGUAGAAUCGGAUAAAGCAAAGUCACAGAUAAAUGGAGGUUACAAAAAAUUAAAACAUUGAACAAGGUGAGACAGACUUUUAAUAAUCACAUAAUCAUUAUUUAAUUAUAAACACUGUUACAGUAGAAUUUCCAUAAUUUCUCAUACUGUACUAUCAUACAUGUAGUAUCACCUCAGCUGCCUUGCAUUUUCGCCUAAUGUCCCAACACAGAAUUUGCAUGUCCUUUGUCAUCUCAUAACAUCAGGUACAGGAUCUGAUGACUGAAUGGAGAAGCAAGAUGACUGGUGAGUCUGAUCUAUAAAUCUCAGUGAUUUUUUCCAAACAAGUGCAGAGACUGUCAUUUUUGAUUUCAUAUGAAUUAAACAUUUUAAUUACUCUGCCAUUUUUUAAGUCAUGUCACCCCCCUCUUUGUCUUUUCCUAAAUAAGUCUAUUCAACACACCAUCGUUGUUAGAAUCUUGAUAUCACCAACAGAGUUUGUGUUAUGAGCAGUUUUAGGAGGGAGGGCAAGUCAAAUUUCCCCAUUCCUCUUUUCCCCAACCCAACAGUUUACUGCCAUCUGACAAUGGCCCAUCGAAACUACACCUAAACUAUAUCAAAACUAAUUUCACACAUAGGCCUAUAGUAAUAGAUGAAGCCUAACAAAUCAAUGCUAUCUAGCUAGCUAAGUUUUGCUUCGUUGGACGUUCGUUUACAAUGUAUGCUAUUUCAGUUUGUGUAGUUGUUGGUUUAGCUUUCUGUAACUUUGUAGAAAGUACGGUGUAAUGAGCAUGCUGUUUAAUCAGCUUCAUGAUAUACCACACCUGUCAGGUGGAUGGAUUAUCUUGGCAAAGCAGAAAUGCUCCCUAACAGGGAUCUUUAAAAAUGUGUGCUCAAACUUUGAGAGAAAUAAGCUUUCUGGGCAUAUGUAAAAUUUCUGGGAUCUUUUAUUUCAGCUCAUGAAACAUGGGACCAACACUUUACAUGUUGUGUUUAUAUUUUUGUUGAGUGUGCAGUAUAUCGUGCGUGCAACCAGUCCUUUAACAAAACUACCCCGACCAGAGGAUACUAUUGUCAAUAGGCGCUUAAGGUAGUUAGCGUCUAUGAAUGGGCUAGAUAUAGCCUACCGAUGAUAUGGUGUUAUAAGACUGAAUAAUUUCAAUAUGUUUGGAGGAGUGUGUCUUUGGUAACCGGACAAGAGGCGCUCUUUUGAAAUGGGGAUGGAUACAAGCCGAAUGGAGUAUCCUAUGCACUGCAGGUAGGCCUACAGUGUGUGAAUUGUGAACAAUACAAAAGCUUCACGAGUAGACCAUUUAGAAACCUUUUAUGGAUAGGCUACUUGGCUAAUGGAUGGCCAGGAUAAGAAAGACACCAGAUGCAUUGCUGUUGAAACUAGCUUUCGUUAUAGUAGGGUAAGGGUAGCCUACAAGGGCUCAAUCGAAACGGAAUACAAGCAAUUCUUACAGGAAAAUAACAUAAUUGUUUUUAAAUAUGAGUGUCACCGGAUCAUCUCAUCUCUUCUUCCAUGAUGAGCAUAUAGCCUACAUGGAGGAGUUUUUAUGCACAUUCAAAAUAAUAACAGGAUCUGGCUAAAAUAAUGUAGAUUAGCCUAGAUAGAUGAAAAUAGGAUGGCCCCAAACUUGAUCUUUUAAUAAAGAUUUAUUUGAAAGUGGUCUGAUGUGCCAAACCCUUUAUGAUAGUCUUGACUACUUGGCGAAUGCAUUGGGCAGGACCAAAAAAAACGCCUUUAUUGAGAGGAGUGGAGGCUAUGCUUGGUUUUUUAAUAAAUGUUUUAUCAAAAACAUUUAGUUUUUUAUGUUUCUAAAUACAAGCUUUACUGGUACAAAAAGCACAUCCCUCUUGUUCCAUAUGCAAGCGUUUUUAAGGACACACGUCAGAUAAUGCCACCCCUCACACCUCAGCGCAAGCAAGCUCAUAUAAAACAGGUAAAUUACCAAUCCUGGCGCUAGGGUUUGAAAACAGAAGAGUGACAGCUUUAACAGGUCGAAAUUGCAAAUGAGCAUGCAUAAAAUAGAGCCCAAGAAGUAUUACUUUCAAUUUCCAAAAAUAAACACAACAUUCUAAUUUUAAUACAGUCAAUUUUUACUGGGAAGGAGAAAAUAUAACAAAAAUAAUACUACUAAGUAACCUAAUGAUGUGUGUAGUAAUGAUUUCAAACUUUUUUUUAUACAGGCAAAAUGGCAGAGUCCAGUGUUCAUGGUAAGUCAACAUGUUACUUUCUCAGAUGCCAUUGGGUUUUUUCUUGCUUAAAUGUACUUGAUCAAAAACUCCUUCAUAGUGAGCUUUUGCAGUGCUUACACUUAGAAUGUGAGCAAAAUAUCUGUAAGUGUGCCCAUCAUAUGAAGGUCGAUGUGUGGUCUAACAUUUCAUCAAAAUAUGUCAGUUAUAAAGUUGUAUGUUGUUACAAAAAGUAGCCGAGCUGAUACGCCACCUUUUUUACAUAAACCAGCUGCACUAAUGAUGAAGGUCAUGGAAUUAACAAUAAAGGUUCCAUCUUUAAUAUCCUGUUGCAGGUAAUCCAAGGAGGAGAAAAUUCUUCACUGUUGUCAGAGGCAAUACCUUGGCUUCUCAUAAGGACUUUUUGAAACAACUCACCAUGCAAGGAGACUUUACUGAAGUGAGGACCCUGGAGGAGAGUGAUGUCAUCAUGACUUUCUGUCCUAUCGUCAGUCGUGCUGGGACUGAUAUUGAAGCAGCACUGCAGGAGAUACCAAGUAAGAAGCAAAGUUAUUGACAUAUACUGCGUAUCUUAAAUGUUUUAUAUCAAAUCCAUGUCAGUGUUGACCUAUGUAUCUAGCAAGAGGCUAAUUAUCUGAAUGCUUUAUUUGUUAGCUUUUUCUCAUGCUAAACAUUUUAUUGUCACUUUCUAAACAGCUGGUAAACGUGUUGUUUUGGUGGUGCUGCAUCAUUCCUUCAACCCAGACUGCACAGUACCUAACAGUAGCAGACUGGUGACCAGACAUGAUAUACUAACAGUGGACUGUCUGUUCCAUGAGAACCAUGGACUACUGGACUGUCCUCGCAAUAAAGAAGCAGUCGCUAUGAUUUGGAGGAGUCUAAACAUACAGCCAAAGGUAAUUUACCCUACCAACAACCUACAUGUACUAAGGGUACAUUUCUCUCAUACUCCCCAUGCAUACUUUUGUAAUGUUUUUUUAUUGACCCAUUCAAAUGUUUCAUAUCACCUAUAUAGUAUACAAAUAUGAAGAAGCACAGAUUUCCCAAAAACAUUUUACUAGUCGGGUUCUGAUAGUCUUAGAGUAAUGGUUGCUAGUUAAAUGUUAGUUUUUUUUUACUGUAUUUGAUGCCACAAAACAACUUAAUGAGAAAAUGAAACAGCAGUUUUUUAUCUGUUUUUUCUUUUUCAUAAAUUAGCAAACAUUUCUAAAAUCCUGUUUUUGCUUUGUCAUUAUGGGGCAUUGGGUGCAGAUUGAUGAGGAAAAUUGUUUAUUUAAUCAAUUUUAGAAUAAGGCUGUAACGUAACAAAAUGUGAAAAAAGUCAAGGGGUCUGAAUACUUUCCCAAUGCACUGUACUAGAAGAGAAGUAGAAUCGGAUAAAGCAAAGUCACAGAUAAAUGGAGGUUAUAAAAAAUUUAAACAUUGAACAUGUUGAGACAGACUUUUAAUAAUCACAUAAUCAUUAUUUAAUUAUAAACACUGUUACAGUAGAAUUUCCAUAAUUUCUCAUACUCUACUAUCAUACAUGUAGUAUCACCUCAGCUGCCUUGCAUUUUCGCCUAAUGUCCCAACACAGAAUUUGCAUGUCCUUUGUCAUCUCAUAACAUCAGGUACAGGAUUGGAUGACUAAAUGGAGAAGCAAGAGGACUGGUGAGUCUGAUCUAUAAAUCUCAGUGAUUUUUUCCAAACAAGUGCAGAGACUGUCAUUUUUGAUUUCAUAUGAAUUAAACAUUUUAAUUACUCUGCCAUUUUUUAAGUCAUGUCACCCCCCUCUUUGUCUUUUCCUAAAUAAGUCUAUUCAACACACCAUCGUUGUUAGAAUCUUGAUAUCACCAACAGAGUUUGUGUUAUGAGCAGUUUUAGGAGGGAGGGCAAGUCAAAUUUCCCCAUUCCUCUUUUCCCCAACCCAACAGUUUACUGCCAUCUGACAAUGGCCCAUCGAAACUACACCUAAACUAUAUCAAAACUAAUUUCACACAUAGGCCUAUAGUAAUAGAUGAAGCCUAACAAAUCAAUGCUAUCUAGCUAGCUAAGUUUUGCUUCGUUGGACGUUCGUUUACAAUGUAUGCUAUUUCAGUUUGUGUAGUUGUUGGUUUAGCUUUCUGUAACUUUGUAGAAAGUACGGUGUAAUGAGCAUGCUGUUUAAUCAGCUUCAUGAUAUACCACACCUGUCAGGUGGAUGGAUUAUCUUGGCAAAGCAGAAAUGCUCCCUAACAGGGAUCUUUAAAAAUGUGUGCUCAAACUUUGAGAGAAAUAAGCUUUCUGGGCAUAUGUAAAAUUUCUGGGAUCUUUUAUUUCAGCUCAUGAAACAUGGGACCAACACUUUACAUGUUGUGUUUAUAUUUUUGUUGAGUGUGCAGUAUAUCGUGCGUGCAACCAGUCCUUUAACAAAACUACCCCGACCAGAGGAUACUAUUGUCAAUAGGCGCUUAAGGUAGUUAGCGUCUAUGAAUGGGCUAGAUAUAGCCUACCGAUGAUAUGGUGUUAUAAGACUGAAUAAUUUCAAUAUGUUUGGAGGAGUGUGUCUUUGGUAACCGGACAAGAGGCGCUCUUUUGAAAUGGGGAUGGAUACAAGCCGAAUGGAGUAUCCUAUGCACUGCAGGUAGGCCUACAGUGUGUGAAUUGUGAACAAUACAAAAGCUUCACGAGUAGACCAUUUAGAAACCUUUUAUGGAUAGGCUACUUGGCUAAUGGAUGGCCAGGAUAAGAAAGACACCAGAUGCAUUGCUGUUGAAACUAGCUUUCGUUAUAGUAGGGUAAGGGUAGCCUACAAGGGCUCAAUCGAAACGGAAUACAAGCAAUUCUUACAGGAAAAUAACAUAAUUGUUUUUAAAUAUGAGUGUCACCGGAUCAUCUCAUCUCUUCUUCCAUGAUGAGCAUAUAGCCUACAUGGAGGAGUUUUUACGCACAUUCAAAAUAAUAACAGGAUCUGGCUAAAAUAAUGUAGAUUAGCCUAGAUAGAUGAAAAUAGGAUGGCCCCAAACUUGAUCUUUUAAUAAAGAUUUUAUUUGAAAGUGGUCUGAUGUGCCAAACCCUUUAUGAUAGUCUUGACUACUUGGCGAAUGCAUUGGGCAGGACCAAAAAAAACGCCUUUAUUGAGAGGAGUGGAGGCUAUGCUUGGUUUUUUAAUAAAUGUUUUAUCAAAAACAUUUAGUUUUUUAUGUUUCUAAAUACAAGCUUUACUGGUACAAAAAGCACAUCCCUCUUGUUCCAUAUGCAAGCGUUUUUAAGGACACACGUCAGAUAAUGCCACCCCUCACACCUCAGCGCAAGCAAGCUCAUAUAAAACAGGUAAAUUACCAAUCCUGGCGCUAGGGUUUGAAAACAGAAGAGUGACAGCUUUAACAGGUCGAAAUUGCAAAUGAGCAUGCAUAAAAUAGAGCCCAAGAAGUAUUACUUUAAAUUUCCAAAAAUAAACACAACAUUCUAAUUUUAAUACAGUCAAUUAUUACUGGGAAGGAGAAAAUAUAACAAAAAUAAUACUACUAAGUAACCUAAUGAUGUGUGUAGUAAUGAUUUCAAACUUUUUUUUAUACAGGCAAAAUGGCAGAGUCCAGUGUUCAUGGUAAGUCAACAUGUUACUUUCUCAGAUGCCAUUGGGUUUUUUCUUGCUUAAAUGUACUUGAUCAAAAACUCCUUCAUAGUGAGCUUUUGCAGUGCUUACACUUAGAAUGUGAGCAAAAUAUCUGUAAGUGUGCCCAUCAUAUGAAGGUCGAUGUGUGGUCUAACAUUUCAUCAAAAUAUGUCAGUUAUAAAGUUGUAUGUUGUUACAAAAAGUAGCCGAGCUGAUACGCCACCUUUUUUACAUAAACCAGCUGCACUAAUGAUGAAGGUCAUGGAAUUAACAAUAAAGGUUCCAUCUUUAAUAUCCUGUUGCAGGUAAUCCAAGGAGGAGAAAAUUCUUCACUGUUGUCAGAGGCAAUACCUUGGCUUCUCAUAAGGACUUUUUGAAACAACUCACCAUGCAAGGAGACUUUACUGAAGUGAGGACCCUGGAGGAGAGUGAUGUCAUCAUGACUUUCUGUCCUAUCGUCAGUCGUGCUGGGACUGAUAUUGAAGCAGCACUGCAGGAGAUACCAAGUAAGAAGCAAAGUUAUUGACAUAUACUGCGUAUCUGAAAUGUUUUAUAUCAAAUCCAUGUCAGUGUUGACCUAUGUAUCUAGCAAGAGGCUAAUUAUCUGAAUGCUUUAUUUGUUAGCUUUUUCUCAUGCUAAACAUUUUAUUGUCACUUUCUAAACAGCUGGUAAACGUGUUGUUUUGGUGGUGCUGCAUCAUUCCUUCAACCCAGACUGCACAGUACCUAACAGUAGCAGACUGGUGACCAGACAUGAUAUACUAACAGUGGACUGUCUGUUCCAUGAGAACCAUGGACUACUGGACUGUCCUCGCAAUAAAGAAGCA